AGUGCGCGGGAAGGAAUUCAUAUGAUCCCUAGUUUUAGCCAAAAACGAGACUCCCUUUUCAUCUCAUCUCAUCUCCCACUGACUAAAGUAAAAUUCACCCAAAUCCAGGAAAAUGGGUAUCAAGGGUUUAACAAAGCUCUUAGCGGACAAUGCACCGAAGGCCAUGAGGGAGCAGAAAUUUGAGACCUAUUUUGGCCGCAAAAUCGCUAUAGACGCCAGCAUGAGCAUUUAUCAGUUCCUCAUUGUUGUGGGAAGGAGUGGGACUGAGAUGCUUACAAAUGAGGCUGGUGAAGUUACUAGUCAUCUGCAAGGCAUGUUUUCACGAACAAUUAGGCUUCUUGAAGCUGGAAUGAAGCCAGUCUAUGUUUUUGAUGGGAAGCCUCCAGAUCUGAAAAAACAAGAGCUGGCAAAACGUUACUCAAAGAGGGCUGAUGCUACUGAGGAUUUGGAAGAAGCCAAAGAGGCUGGCGAUAAGGAAGCCAUUGAGAAAUUCAGUAAACGAACAGUGAAGGUGACAAAGCAGCACAAUGAUGACUGCAAAAGGCUCUUAAGACUCAUGGGAGUGCCUGUGAUUGAGGCUCCUUCAGAAGCAGAGGCACAAUGUGCUGCUCUUUGUAAGUCAGGACAGGUUUAUGCCGUGGCUUCUGAAGACAUGGAUUCCCUAACGUUUGGAGCUCCUAGGUUUCUUCGUCAUUUGAUGGAUCCUAGCUCGAGAAAAGUUCCAGUAAUGGAAUUUGAAAUUGCAAAGAUUUUGGAGGAGCUAAAUCUUACUAUGGAUCAAUUCAUUGAUUUAUGCAUUCUUUCUGGAUGUGAUUACUGUGACAGCAUUCGAGGAAUUGGGGGGAUGACUGCUUUGAAGCUCAUUCGUCAGCAUGGCUCUAUAGAGAAUAUACUGGAGAACAUAAACAAAGAGAGGUUCCAAAUACCAGAUGAUUGGCCAUAUCAAGAAGCUCGGCGGCUUUUUAAAGAACCAUUAGUCUGUACUGAUGAAGAACAACUUGAGAUUAAGUGGACUGCUCCAGAUGAAGAAGGUUUGGUAACCUUUCUGGUGAAUGAAAAUGGGUUCAACAGUGACAGAGUGACCAAGGCAAUAGAGAAAAUUAAAGCAGCCAAAAACAAGUCAACACAGGGCCGAUUAGAAUCAUUUUUUAAACCAGUUCCUAAUACAUCUGCACCCAUUAAACGGAAGGGAAGUAAAUGCGUGCUUAGAUCACCCAGACCAGCAACUGGGAAUAAGAUGCUUUCUUUGCAAGCUUGUGGGUCCAGGCCCAAGGUCCUUGGCAGCCUGAGCUUGCCAAUCCAAUAUCUGGGUUUCAAGCACUCCAUGUCAUUAUCCAGAGGUGUCUGCUUCGGCACAUGAAGCUGAAAACGCUGGUGAACCAUCAGAGCCAAUCUAUGCGUGUUUCUAUUCCACUUAAAUCAUUUAACAGCAUCAGAGUUUUUCAUAUAGUGAUUUUUGUUGGGAGAAACUUACCCAAAAAAUAACUUUUGUAGGAAGAAAAGAACUGUUGCUAUUUCUUCUUUACCUUAAUACUAUAAUGAUUAUCAUUUUCCCCUAGGGUAUGCAAUCUGAAAGGAGGAAUAGUAUUUGAUAACUUAGUUUGUAAUUUAGGUCCCAGAUCUCUAAUGUCUUGGAGCUCAAUGCUGAAUUACUAAUUAGCUUAAA